CGUGAGUUUGUCUAUGGUUUGAGCACACUAUAGUAAAGGAACAAUUCAUGUUACACAAUGAGACUGAGCUUCAGGCUAAAUAUAUAAGCUCCCUUAACCGCCCAGUUAUUUACUUUAUAGCACUGACAAGUCCUUUAACUUACAUGACCGGUCAUUUUUAGUCGCGGUUAGCAAGCAUCCUUGUGCUUGCAGUGAGAAGACAAAUGAUGGGAAUCAUGGACCACGUUAAACAGUUUCUUCGAGGAGUGGAGCUUGACAACCGGAUGGCGGCACUGGUGACAGGGGCUGCCUGCGGUGUGGGAGCUCUGGUGCUGCUGGUGCAGAAGGUCCACAGCCACCAUGAGACCAGGGGAAAGAUCCAGAGAGCCAGAGAGCGGAGGACUGACAGCGUGCAGCGGGCUGAGCAGGCUGUGCUCCAGUACAAGAAGUUGCAUCCAGAGAUGAACUCGGCUCUCAUCUUGUCGCUGUCCCUGGCUGAGCUGACAAAGAAAUUGCAGGAAGGCUCACUGAGCCCUGAGGACGUGUUUUACUCUUACAUGGAAAAGGCUCUGGAUGUAGACAAAGAUCUGAACUGCUGCACAGGGAUCCUGUUGGAGAGUUUUGAUCAGCUGAAAACUGUGUCCUCCAACAAGACAGGUCUCUUGUAUGGAGUUCCAGUUAGCAUCAAAGAAAACUAUGCUUACAAGAAUCAUGACUCUUCUUGUGGUGUGACCAUUAAUCUGGACCAGCCUGCCCAGAAGGACUGUGUGCUUGUUGAAGUUCUGAAGAGACAAGGAGCCAUUCCCUUUGUGAAAACCAACUUGCCCCAAGGCCUAUUAAAUUAUGACUGUGGUAACCCCAUCUAUGGGCAGACCCUGAACCCACACAACCUCCAGAAGACCUGUGGAGGUUCGUCUGGUGGGGAGGGGGCUCUCAUUGGGGGAGGGGGCUCCGUGCUCGGUUUGGGCAGUGAUAUAGGGGGGAGCAUCCGUAUUCCUGCCUCAUUCUGUGGGAUCUGUGGCUUUAAGCCAACACCAGGUCGUCUCAGUUCAACAGGUGUAAGUCCCAUUUAUCAGGGACAAAAAUCAGUGCUGUCAAGUGUGGGACCCAUGGCGAGGGAUGUGGACAGUCUGGCUCUGUGUAUGCAGGCUCUGCUCUGUGACCACAUGUUUUCUUUGGACCCCACUGUUCCACCAAUACCGUUUGAUUCGCAGAUAUAUCAGAGCUCCAGACCUCUCAGGAUCGGUUACUUCGAAAGCGACGGAUAUUGCCAUCCGUCUCCAAGCAUGGCCCGAGUCAUCAGAGAGGUCAAAGUUCUGUUAGAGCAAGCAGGGCACACUUUGGUGCCUUACAGUCCUCUGAAGGUCUCUGAAGUUGCACCUGAACUGAUUGUAAAGGGAAUCCUAGCAGACGGAGCUACCACCCUGCUUCAAAAGCUGGAAGGAAGCCCUCUGGACCCCUGUCUCAAAGCACAGGUUGUUCCUUACUAUCUUCCCAACUGGUUGAAGAAAACCCUCUCGUUCCUCCUCAGACCUCUGUUUCCUCGUGGUUCUGAAAUCAUGGAUGCUCUCCGUGGAGUCGGAUCAGUUCAAGAUCUGUGGAAGCAGCAUGCUGCUGUUGAGGACUACAUUCAGGAUACGAUAGCAGAGUGGAGACGAUGCAACAUAGAUGUGCUGCUGUGCCCUGUGAUCGGACCAGCCUUCAACUUAUUCUACUGCGGCCAGCUUACCAUUUAUACCACGUACACGAUACUUUACAAUCUCCUCAAAUUUCCUGCCGGCGUUGUUCCUGUUUCCACUGUGACAGCAGAGGAUGAGGAGGAACUCAGACACUUUAAGGGCAUUUAUCAGGACAAAUUUGACAAACUCUUCAAAGAGGCUGUGACUGGAGGAGAGGGUCUUCCCGUGGCGGUGCAGUGUGUCGCUCUGCCGUGGCAGGAUGAGCUCUGCCUGCACUUCAUGAAGGAGGUGGAACAACUGGUCAAACAGAGCAGAAAGUGAGGCCUGGAAGCCACAAGUGGGGCUGCUGACUCCUGGGGCUUCAGAUUAAAUGUGAUUUAAAUGCACUCCGUGAAUAUAAAAACACAGCCAGCCAGUCUGUAAAAGCAUUGAUGAUGAUGAUGAUGAUGAUGAUGGUACUUUUUCAAGAACUAAAACCUGCACUAAACAUGAAUUAAAUAGGAGUAAAAUUAUUAAACUAAAUUUAUAAAUUAAACACAAUUAACAUUGCUUUGUAAAAGGUAGCUUGAAUAUAUGAGUAUAAUUUAAUAUUUUGUGUUUCUCUCCAGCUUCUCAAGGAUGAAUAUUCUCUUGGCUAUUUAGGUUUAUUAAAAAAUCCUGAAUGUAAACUGUGAAACAAUGGAACGUAAUGUUUGUUUUUACUGAUUAUGUAAGUUGUGAAGGUUUCACUCCUUUGUUUAAUUCUAUCAUUAGCAUUUUUUACCGUUACUGUUAUUUUUUAAACAUUUUUCUUGAGGAUUAAAAGAUCUUUGAAUCUG